CUGUGUACAUCUGUGUGUCUGUGUGCUUAAAAGCCAAAGUUGUUCCUUUUAGUUUCAGUGUGCCAUGGGUACUCUAACACUAACUAUGCUGUUGCUCCUGUUGCUCCUGACAUCCACUAGUAAUGGUGAUGCCCAGCGUAUUCCUGGCUUGAAGAAGGAUGACUCAUGUUCAUGUCAGGUCAACAGUAGUGUCUGGGUGUUCCCUGCCAUGAAGUUUGAGGGGGUGCUGCAGCUGGUGCAGGACUGUGGCGACUCCCUGCAAAACCUCCAGGCACAGGUGAAGCUGUCCAACGAGAGGCUUCCUGAGAUCCAGGCCAUUAUUGAGAACGUGACAGCUCGCCUGGAGCCGUACCAGUACCUGAACGACCAGGGUCUGUACACCGCCCUGCACCUGCGUCAGCUAGCUAAGGGACUGAGGGAGCUGGAGGAAGACAUCAGCUCCAUACACCAAGACAUGCCAAGUGAUCAGACUCAGAAACUGACCCAAGAGAUAGGUAAGGUACGUAAGGAGGUAGAUAAGAUGCAUUUGUCAAACACCUUUAACAUGAAGACGGUGAAGGAAAAACUUCGCUCGCUGAAGAAUGGCGUGGAGUCCUGUAGGACAAUCCCAGAGGAGUUCAUAAGCAAGCAAGGUGUUUGCUCUCAACGCAUCAUGUCCAACAUCAGCACCCCUGUGAUCACAAAGAUCAGCCCGUAUGGCAAAAGCUAUACGUCUGGUUCCUGGGGUCGCCAGGCCAAGCAGGUCAUGGAAGACCAGGAGGGCAGUGGGGUGUUCUACUGGGUUCAGCCCCUCGUGAGCAGCCACAGACUGGGGAACAUCGUUCGACGCUACCGCUCCUACGACGACUUCAUGGCCUCCAAGAACCACGAGGAUGUGUCCGUGGCACCGUCCUACAGCCAUGCUAAUGCCAUCCAGGGCUCCGGCACGGUGGUGUAUGGUGAGGCAGUGUUUUAUAACUGCUACUUCUCCACUGAGCUGUGCCGCUAUGACCUACAAACCAAGGUCACAACUCGUCUGAAUAUCCCAGACAUCGGUACCAACAACAAGUUUCCCUACUGCUACUACAACUGUAAAGACUGGACGGACACUGACUUUGCUGCUGAUGAGACUGGCCUGUGGGUAAUCUACAGCACACUGGGUAACCAUGGGAACCUGGUGCUGAGCCGGCUAGACAGCGAGGCGUUCAACGUGACACACACUUGGACCACGCGCCUCUUCAAGAAGUCAGUGACUAAUGCCUUCAUGGUGUGCGGAAUACUGUAUGCCACCCGUUACAUUGACCAAUUCCAUGAGGAGGUGUUCUAUGCGUUUGACACAGCAACAGGUAAAGACGAUAACACCCUGGCUCUUCCCCUGGAGAAGAUUGAGAACGGUGUGGCCAGUCUGAGCUACAACCCCAUCGAUAGGCAGCUCUACAUGUACAAUGAUGGUUACCUUCUGUCUUACCAAGCUAUCUUUUAAAGUAAACCUUGUACGUGAUGUAGAAACAGUGUAUAAUGUGAGACAAAUCCCACAUUUUGCUGUUUUCCUGCUUAUCUUUAUAAACUUGACUUCUUCCUAAAAAUAAAACCACAGCAAUCCUCAAUUAUUUUGAUGUUAAUAAGAGUGUGUUUUAAUUGUGUUGAGGUGCUAUAAAACACAAUUAACAGACUGAACUGAGCUCUAAAUUACUUUAUUCAGUCAAUCUUUUUUCUCAAUGGGGGCAUUCACUUUCCUUUCCCCAAAGCUACUAAGGUAGACAUGUAACACACACACAGAUGAUAUGUUCUCUCAGUGUAGUCUUGUUGUAUCCAUAAUAGUGCUCUUGUUCCCUGAAAAUAAAUACAUAGAAAAUUC